AUCGACCUCCACCACGCAACAUGGACAACCUCAAGUUCGACGAGUUCCUGCAUGCAGGAGAGCCCGGCGCCAUGUCCGUGGCCACGGCCUGCGCGAAGCUUCAGAAGCUCUUGACGACGGAACUGUCGACGCCGCUACACUUGCAUUCCGUGGACAGUCGCCGAAAGUUUUUUGCGUUCUUUCCUCGGUUGUUGGACCGUGUGUUUGGCGAAGACGUUCAAAGCAAGAACAGCUCGGCGUGGAUAGCCACGGUACCACAAAGCAAUGGUCCCUCGGGUGAUUCGUCUGGUGCUCACUCGUCUUCCCGGCCGACGUCCCCUCGCGCAAACCAAGGCCCGAAUGCGCACUUGGGGGAACAAGGCCAGGCCGUGGUCGAGCUGUUCCAAAAGUCACUGUUCGACUUUGUCUUCAACAUCUCGCACGCCGUUCGAUUCCGACUCGACUUGACGCUGCUUCCUCUGCCUGCGCAAGUGGAAAUGCGCAACGCCGGCGCGGUGACGCCGUUGUAUGCCAAAAUGUUUUCGUCUCCGAGUCUCAGCGUGAAUGGCAAAAACCAGUGCUUCAUGGUGCCCAUCCAGCCGUACUUUCUCUUUAGCUUCCUUCGGUACCCCGUAUCCACUUCGAAACUCAAACGGCCGAUCGCCGCCGCCGCCACCACAAACGCCUCCGCGACCAACACGUCGUCCUCGCCGCCAAUGGCAUCUUCGACCAACAACUACUGGUGGCGCACGUCGUUUCCCAAGGAAGGCAUCACGUCGCUCACACAUCGCCACGCGUACAACGUGCUCCUGCUCGCGUACCUCGAAUCCUUCUUGCCCCACGGCCCAGAGAAGCUGUCGUUCAAAAGUGGACGCAAGCAAUCGAUGGAGCUGUUCCUGAACCUUCUGGUGGAGAUUUGGCUUCGUCAGAACCAAGUCACGUACGGCUCGAACGACGCCACGGCCCUGCAUCACCCGCUCGCGGUGGUCAAAGCCAUUGACCAGUUCACACCCCACACGGACGACGUGCUUUGCUGCCUCCUCAUCACAGUCGUGCACGUACUAGCCGACCCCCAUAUCCCCCUGCUCGUCCACCCCAGCACCCACGUCGUGCUCAAAGCCAUCCAAGAACCCCUCUACGAUUUCUUCCACAUUGGCUUUGCCAGGUCGGCCCCGGACUCGAACCCGACGUCGUUUUGUAUGUUGGUGGAUGUGCUGCUCGCGUACCUCCAGCCGUGGCAGUGUGUGCACUGGGCUACUUCGCCCUCGUCCCCCCCCUCGGCGUCGUACUCGCCGGCAUAUGCCAUCUACGUGUUGGCCAACUACCAUUUCUACACGACGCUCUUUGGGGUGUUUAUCGUGCACGCGCGCGAAUUGGACUGGGACGUCCCCACGGGUCAAAUGCUCGAGCGCGCGUUGCAAGUUUACACGCCAGAGUUGCUGGCGUUGCUGGCCCAAGCCCACGCCUUCUUGGCCUGCCAAUCCGGUGCUACUUCUUCUUCCGCGACGACGCUCUCGUCGGCCGAGACCAACGUGUUGCUCCGCCACUUGUCUGAAUUUGGCCUCACGCCGUACCCCGUGUCGCUCUCCCAGGACUUUCGCCGCAACGCCGAGCACGUUCUCGACAAACUCCAGUAUGCCCGGGACACGCACCCCAAGCCACCGUCGGCGGCGUUGUUUCUGUCGUCCGUGUUCCACUCGUCCACGGCGUCCGCUUCGUCGCCUUUGCCGCCUUCCGCGGCCGACACGUCGUUGGAUGCGACGCUGGACCGCGCCGCCACUCGCCUCCGCGCGGUCUUUGACAUCCCGUCCACGUACGUCGUGCCCGCGUCGUCGUUCCAGACGCCUCUCGCCCGCGCCUUCUCCCUAGCGUCCCUCGACGCUGCUCGCGAUUCGCACCAUGAGCUGACCCCCCAAGGCCGAGCGCAAAUCCGCCUCGGCAAACGACUCAGCUCCGUGGACCUGGCCGUACACUACCGCGGCGACCCCAUGCUCAAACCCAUCAGUUCGUACGAGAUUCCGUCGCUGGUGCGCCUGUGGUACAAAGUGUCGGUGGCAAUCAAUGCCAUGCUGGACCUUCCUCCGUCCGACGGCUUUCGCGUGAAUUUGCGCUUCCUCGCCGCCAAAAGCAACGUGUUGUGGCUUGCCAUCGCCAUUGCCCUCACGUACACGUUGCUGUGGUAGUUAGUUGCCCAGCUAGCUACGACCUGCAUGCCGGGGUCGAUGGGCUAGUUUUGCGGGGGGGGGUGCAUACUAUGUAGUAUGUAUCGGGGUUGUCCGAGCAAAAUUAUAGGCUUGUCAGCCCAGGUGGUCUGUCUAUUUAAACAAAGAACGAGUAGCACAACU